UCAUAUUAAGUUUUGUUUUUGUCUGCGGAUUGCCGUAUAUAUUUUCCGUUUUCCUGCUUAUCAUUCAAAAAUUCAAAUUCUCUCUGACGCCUCUUCUCCUCUCUCUCUCUCGCAGAGCGUCGUGCCUCCGUUAGCUUCUCUGCAUAUUCUCCGACUGUUGCCUAGAAUGGCCACCAAAUCAGGCAGCAUGAAGGGCUUCUACAGGCAAAAGAAAAACACGAAACCGGCUUCCGGUAAAAACGACUCGACAAAGAAGUCCCCCGCAAAUGCAAUGUCUUACAGCUCUGACGUUACCCAGCCCCCUGCUCUCAUUUCCCAUGGCUCUCUGGAUCUCAAAGAGAUCAAUGAUGAAAAUGAGGAAGUGUUGAGGCAAUUCGACAUGAACAUGGCUUAUGGACCAUGCCUUGGGAUGAGUCGACUGGCCCGGUGGGAGCGUGCUCAGAAACUCGGCCUCAACCCCCCUAAAGAAAUCGAGUCCUUCUUGAAACGAGGAAAGGUCAACUCUGAGUGUCUAUGGGAGGGACGUGUUUAGGAGUAUCCUAUACUCGCUUAGGACCCCCAGAAGUGCACGACUGUAAGCUGUUUCUUCUGUUUCCUCAAAAGAAGGAAACUUUCCUUUGUGUAGUAGUAGCUACUAGUUAUGUCGAGGAUGUCUUGUUUCUGUCAUCAACAUCGACAGUUGAUGCUUGCUAGUUGUUAUUUUUAAGUUCUAAUGUCAGUAUUAUGGGAUCAGUAUGGCUUCCCGUGAUUCUCCUAGACUACUCUACUAUUUGUUAGUCUACAGUGUCUUUUACAUAUGAAUGAACCGAAAUAUGUCGAAUAGGAUUUGCAGCAUGAAA